GAGCUCAAGGCGGGCGGAGACGAUGAAGCGCAGAGCGCCCACAGCGAAACCACGGACACCGCUUCGGAUUCUGAAGCUGACGUAGGUGAUGAGACCGGGGAGCCAGAGGGGCGCUUCGGCAGCGUCACCUCGAGGGAGGCGGCUGGGACAGACGACUCCUGUCGCAGCAGCGCCGAGAGAUGCGAUAGGGUUAGAGCAAAACCAUCCGUGGAAACAGGUGGUCUGGCCUGCGUUGGGGACUUCCCGGCAGCCGCGGCGAUGAACCUGCUCCAGGGAAACCUUCCGCUGGAGGAAGUUCUCCCAGUGUCUCACGCCAGCAUCAAGCUGGAAGUUACACGGCCGCCGCUGGGCCAGCGGUCAGGAAGCCUCUCCCUGCCAGCGGAGAGAGGUGGCAGUUGCUGUUUUGGCCGAGAGCCUUCCCCAGGCGCAGGAAUAAAGUCGAACGCCCGAAGCAGGAGCGACGACUUCCACUCGGCGAGAUCUCCCGUGGAUCCCCAGGAGAGGGGCGGAGCAGGGCCCGUGUUGCCUGGAGCAGAGGGUGCGGAGGAUCAGUCCGGUCCAGAGAAACGUUCCAAGGUCAGCUCGGCUUUAAGCUGCCCAGACCAGCUGGCGAAGGUGGCAAGUGCCUCUCAGAAGCCUGAAGAUACGGGCCCUCGGGAAAGAACGUUCUCUUCCUGUAGCUUCGAGGAGCAAAAGGAGUUGCCCAAGGUCCAUCGGGUGCCACAGCCCAACGCCUUCACCAGCGUCGUUGCAAGUAAAAGUCCGGAGAAGCCGAAGGCGUCUGCAGAGCCUCGGUUUUUGGCUCCAACUGCAACUUCCCUUGGUCCAACUCAGACAGGGGGUACCUCGGUCAAUACAGGUUAUGUUGGAGUUCAAGGCAAAAAACUCUUUGGUUCUGGUUCUCCUCGCAGCCCUGGCGUCAGGCUGCAUCACUCCAGGGCCUCGGAUCGAGCGUCAGCCAUGGGCACCUCGUCGCCCAGCGGACAGAGUGCUCUGGAGCAGGGCCGUGCGCCAGGAGAGGGAACGCCAGCGGCAAGGGACGGAUGGACUUGCAAGCAGCACGCGGCCGCCCCGGGAGGGAUGGAAGCGGAGAAGGGGUUGGCCCGUGGCAGCCCGGCCAAGAGCGACGCGGAGAACAGGAAGGAGGCGGCGCAGAGCCCCGGGGAGCCGCCGGCGCCUUUGCAGAGCCUCCCGCUGGUCGCAGACUUGCCGUUUUUUAAGUUUUCAAGGGAACCAGGAAAAGGACACAAUCACCCUUUGGAGCCUUCUUCCAUACCCUCGCAGCUCAAUAUCAAGCAAGCGUUUUAUGGGAAGCUUUCUAAGCUGCAGUUCAGUUCCAGCGGCUUCAAUUAUUCAUCCAACACUCCCGCUUUUCCCAGAAGUCUUGCGGGAAGCGUGAUGCAGCUCACCCACAAAGCGAACUUUGCUGCGAACCGUAACCCGGCCCUUUCCGUGCAGAUGUUUGCCGAGAGCAGCAGCGUUGACGAGAUAUCGUUCAAGUGCUCGUGCAGCCUUAAAGCCAUGAUCAUGUGUAAAGGCUGCGGGGCCUUCUGCCACGAUGACUGUAUAGGACCCUCUAAGCUCUGUGUAUUGUGCCUUGUGGUGAGAUAA